CCUCCUCCUCUUUCACACUGCGCGUGCACGGUAACUAACCAUGUAUUUGCAAUGAGCAAACAUACGAUUCUCAGCAGAUGGAUUAGGCUACAUAAAACUAAAGAAAAUGCGGACUGUAUAGAAAGGAAGAGAAGGAGACAAAGAGAAUCAAGAACAUGGCAACACAUUCAAACAUGGAGGUAGACCUGCACGGACUGUUUGAGGAUAACAAAACCUUCGACUAUUACGAUUAUGAGUACAAGGAGGUGGUCUGCCCGUCCAGCACAGUCUCUGGUGCCUUGGCGGUCUUCAUUCCCCUGCUUUACUCUGUGGGGCUCUUAUGGGGGCUGCUGGGAAACGGACUGGUGCUGGUAAUACUGUGGCUUAAGAGGCUGAAUCUGAGUGUGAUGGACAUCUUCGUCUUUCAUCUGAGUGUAUCAGACACUCUGCUGCUGCUUACACUGCCUCUCUGGGCAGUAGAUGCGGUUAAGGGAUGGAACAUGGGCACAGGGCUCUGCAAACUUGCUGGUGCUCUGUUCAAGAUCAAUUUCUACUGUGGUAUCUUCACAUUGACCUGCAUCAGUGUUGACUGCUACCUGUCCAUCGUCUCUGGAGUACAGAUGUUUUCCUGUAAAAAACGGUGGUUGGUUUACGGUUGCUGCCUGCUUAUCUGGAUCGUUUGCUUGAUCCUUUCAAUCCCUGAUUGGAUCUUUCUGAAGCCAAAGGGUAAAGGGGAAUGUAUUCACUUUUAUACACCUGAUUCCUGGCGUCUUGCCUCUCGUUUUCCACAUCUUGUGAGCUUUGUUCUACUCGUGCUGCUGUUCUGUUGUUUCUUCGUCCUGCUGAAGCUAUGGCACGACUCCAAAUGCCAGAAGAAGAAGGGCCGGAGUACAGCUGUAACUGCAGCCCUUGUGCUGGCUUUCUUCGUUUGCUGGACACCCUACAACAUUACCUUCAUCGUGAACACGGCUCAGCCAGUGAAGAGCGUCUCCUCAGCAGAGGCAGAUGAGUGUGAAGGGAGGCAGUGGACAGCUAGCAAAAUAACGGCCAUUUUUGGGCUUCUCCAUUGCAUUGUCAAUCCUGUUAUUUACCUCUGUCUCUCUAAAGAGUUCCGGCGACGCGCACUGACUAUGAUAAAGUUCAGUGCUUGUAAAACAGACAGUAAUGAGGUUUCGCUUUGGGACUCUAGUGGAGUAAACGUUAAUGCUUCUGUCCAAGAGGAACAAGGUUCACUUCAACCUAUGAAUGACAUUAAACCAACAAUAAAAACACAGGAUUAUGAUACAUGAAUACAAUGAAAACAAUAAUUGACUGCUGGA